UUAGUGAAGUUGAGUAAUGAUCCAUCACGCCGGUUUAAACGUUAAAGUGUACGAUAGAGAAACGGCGUCGGUGUAACGGAACACCGGAGCUCGACAGGUGAACUUUGGUUGGUCGUCGCCGCUUAGAGAGAGAGCGACGUCGGCUAGUUUAGCUUUACUGACGGUAGCCAGUAGGAAGAAAGGUCCUCAGGAGACGUGGAGAGCCCGUCUGUGCUCAUGGCUGCCCUCGGUAACUCCGGGGCCGCUUCCAGUCCGAUGGUGGUCCUGGCCCCGAAGACGAAAACUAAAAAGAAACAUUUCGUGCAGCAGAAGGUGAAAGUGUUUCGAGCCAGCGACCCGGUCCUGAGCGUCUUCAUGUGGGGCGUCAAUCACUCGAUUAAUGAUCUCAACCAGGUGCCUGUUCCUGUCAUGCUGCUACCUGAUGACUUUAAAGCCAACACUAAGAUCAAAGUAAACAACCACCUCUUUAACAAAGAAAAUCUUCCAGGACAUUUCAAGUUCAAAGAAUACUGUCCUCAGGUCUUUCGAAAUCUAAGGGAACGGUUUGGUAUUGAGGAUCUGGACUAUCAGGUUUCGUUGACCCGCAGUCCCCCUGUGAGGAGUGUGGAGGACCAGGGAGAGGGUCUGCUCCUCAACUCCUACGACCGAACGCUGGUCAUCAAGCAAAGCUCCAGCGAGGAUAUUGCAGACAUGCACAGCAUCCUGUCAGAGUAUCACCAGCACAUCGUGAAGUGUCAUGGCAGCACCCUGCUGCCUCAGUUCCUGGGUAUGUACCGUGUGAGCGUGGACAGCGAGGAGACCUACCUGAUCGUCAUGAGGAACAUGUUCAGCCACAGAAUGGUUGUUCACAGGAAGUACGACCUGAAGGGCUCUCAGGUGGCUCGUGAAGCAAGUGACAAAGAGAGGGGAAAAGAACUCCCUACCUUUAAGGACAUGGACUUCAGGAACAAUUUGCAGAAGGUGUAUGUGACGGAUGAGCAGAAGGAGAAGGUCAUGGAGAAACUCAACAAAGAUGUGGAGUUCCUGGUGAGGCUGAAGAUCAUGGACUACAGCCUGCUGCUCGGUAUCCACGAUGUGGGUCGAGCUGAGCGGGACGAAGAGGAGGGUGAGGAGGUUCUUAAUGAGGAAGAGCCAGAGGCGGAGAACGGCUUUGCUGCGGUGGGCUCGUAUGGGACCUCUCCAGAGGGAAUCGCUGGUUACAUGUCCUGCUGCAAACCUCUGGGGCCCGGGGAGUUCGACCCCUAUGUGGAUGUGUACGCCCUCGGGAGCUGUCCAGGAGCGCCUCAGAGGGAGGUCUAUUUCAUGGGCCUGAUUGACGUACUUACUCAGUACGACACCAAGAAGAAAGCGGCUCAUGCAGCAAAAACUGUCAAACACGGGGCCGGUGCUGAAAUCUCCACAGUCCACCCUGAGCAGUAUGCCAAACGAUUUCGCGACUUCAUCUCUAACAUCUUUGCCUAACACGAGGAUAAGAGCGCUGCCAUAAGUCGCUGCAACUGAGAGCUAUUUUAACCAUUGACCAAAAAUAGUGUGCACACACGGAUCAUGAUUUAAACGUGGUGAUCUGAGAUGAGACUACUUGCAUUGUAGCAACAUAAUGUACAACUUCUGAUGCAUUUAUUUAUUUUUAAGAUGCAUUUCUUAUAGAUAUCAGGCUGUCUUUGAAGGGUUAACUCUGGAGCGUUAGGGUACACGGAUACAAACUGCAGUGGAUCAGUGUUGGACCACAUCACCGUGAGAUCAAAUACUAGUUUUCGUUGUUGUCUCCUUCUUCUGAUUUCACUGGCAUGAACUAAACUUACAUUUUGGGAAGUGUUUAUUUACUUACUUGACAAAAGUUAAUUUGGGAUAAUAAUAUCACUCGUGUGUGUCUCUUAAAGGUUCCCUGUGGAGUUGUUGACAUCUAGUAGCAUCAUUUCUUUGAGCGGGUCCUUGUUUAGUUUCUUGUGGACGCUUGUACACAACACGCUGAGAUGUGAGGCAGGGAAAGAUAAUAAGAAUAAGAAUACUGCUAGCCAGGGGCAGUGGAUGCUGGAUUUAAAAUCUCAGCCUUGAAAAUGUUUUAUGAGGGAAAUGUUUUCAACAUUGCUUUCUGGAAUGCAAGAAAUGGUACGUUUUUCAGUGAAUCUAAACAUAACUUUUGUUUCGGGUUGGGCAAUAUAUCGAUAUUCUAUUGAUAUCCAGAUAUGAGACUAGAUAUUGUCUUUGGUUUUGAAACUCAAAAUAUGGAAUAAAUGUGAUGUCAUUUUCUGAACAUACCAGACUGUUCUAUCAUAUGCCUUCAACAACCUAUAAUCACAUUACUGAUUAUUAAUCAAAAAUAUUAUUGUGUAAAUAUUCUAUAUAGGCACCUGUGGUGAACCUUUAAAUGUUGUUGCACUAUUGACAACCAGGUAUUUGGUCAAAAGUAUUGUGAUAAUUAAUUUUGCCCAGCCCUUUAGUAAGUUUACAGGAACACUCCACAGGGAACCUUUUGUAAAUGCUGGCUGAGGAGCAAAUAAACCUAGCUUCCAAAACGUUAUACUAUUCCUUACAUCCUAGAAUAUCCUUUCCAUGGAAAUAGGUAUUAAAACAACAAUUGUAGUCUAGACUACACUUGAUAAAUACUAUAAUGUAUCUAGUGGCCAUUUGUCCUUCGAAAUCAAACAAAACUACAAAUUAAACCGUCACUGAUUCACCGUGGGUUUCGGUGUUGACGCAGGCAAAAGAAAAGUAACGUCCAUUUCGGUAUGUUGAUUCUGAUCAGUUAUUUUCUAAACAAACAAAAAGAACAAACAAAACGCUGACGCUCUUCGCUGAUGCUGUGGUAAAAAAAAACAUUGGCCACCCUGGUGCAUGCUGGUCCUGUGCCUACCCACCUCUACAUGUAACCACAGGUGCCCAGUGUUACACAAUCAGUGAACCUAAAACUAAAUAUAUCAAACUAAAUAACAAUUAACAUAUCAAAAUAUAACCCAAAUAAUCAUUACUUUACAAUGAAACCUAAAUACAAAUGUCAAAUUAAAUAGCUCCAACAGUAUCUAUUAAAUCAGGCAAUUUGAAUGUUUAGAAUAUGUGGGAUCGAAGCUUUAUUGUUGCAUUGAUAGAUGGGACACACUUUGAAUCUGGGGGGGGGGGUCUACAUCCACAUCAUCUGGGCCUGCAUUAAUCAACUGAACAUGUUGGGAUCAGUCCUGCCUUUGUAAUGAAAUACCUUCAUGUGUAAGUCUUUAUCGCAACACUUCCUGAGAAUGAGCCCAUCCAUCAUUGUUUUGGACAGACUCCUUUUUGAAUGUAUUGUUUUGUGCAUUGUGAGAGGAUAAGCUUGAGACGAGCGUAGCAGUAGACCGUUCCUGUCUGUGUAUUGUGACGACGUUUGAGAUUUAGCUUGUGAAACGUUGUCGACCAACACUACAGCAGCUCCUGCCGUCGGCCGUGCCGUCGUACCGUGGCGAGCGUUCCUAAACACGAGCUGCAGGCCUCUGUGACGCCUCAUCGACUCGCUGAUUGCACAUGUUGUAUUUUUGAAAAUCAGCUUUUGGACCAAAAUAUAUUUUGCAAAGAAUUUCUGAAAAGUGUUUAUCUGGUUGUUUUUUUGGAACACGUGUGGUGAUUCUGCCCGGCUAUAAACAGAUGUGUUUUCCUGCUGUUGCUGAUCUUGGUUUCAUCCAAUAUUUCGUUUCGGACAGAAAUAUCUGAUUAAAUUAAAAAAUGUACAAACAUUUAUGGUUCCCCGACAACAAAUCCUGCUGUCGUUGGAGAUCUUGUGACCUUGACUCUAGCCCCACCAACUGGUUGAUGUCUGUGGGUUUAUAAUAAACUCAACAACUAUGAGAUUGGAGUGAGACACAGAGAAAAUGUGAAGUGGUGCUCUUCGCAAUAAAACAUCUUUGAUGGGU